AUGGGGACAAUGGACGAAAAAUGCGGCAGUCAAAGUGAUCCUCCCUAUACCCACGACGAAGCCCGAAAACGGACCCUCGAUUCAAACAAUCAUUCUGAUGCUGGGACUCGUAUAGCACAGAUCGGCCUAGCUGCGAACAUGACAAUGGCCAUUGGAAAGCUUAUCGGGGGUUAUAUCCUGCAUUCGCAGGCUCUGGUUGCUGACGCUUAUCACGGGUUUAUGGAUUCUGUCUUGGACGCUUUAACACUGGUGACAAUCACGUGGUCACUGUGGCCGGCAUCGAGAAGGUUUCCAAACGGUUAUGGAAAGAUCGAGAAUAUUGGGGCUUUUGUUGUCAGUGGGCUUCUUCUCCUUGGGGGCAUAUUGACGUGCCUUGAGUCAAGCAAGGUACUGCUUUCCGAAAUCAGGGCACGUCAAGAUUGGCAAACGCAUGGAACCCAAGCUAGUGGUACGAAUCUCAAUGCCGCAUGGCUUGCAGCAGGGUCUAUAUUUGUCAAAGAAUGGCUUUACCGUGCCACCAACAAAGUUGCAAUUGAACAAGGUUCAUCUGUUCUUGCGUCACAUGCUAUCCAUCACCGCAUUGACUCGCUUACAAGUUUUGUCGCACUGAUAGCAAUCGGCGGAGGCAGACUAUUUCGAGACAUUUUCUGGAUAGAUGCUGCUGGUGGACUACUGAUUUCCUUAAUGGUUAUCCACGCAGGUUGGAGUAAUCUUCUAAACUCCUUCCUCGAGUUAGCCGAUAUCACUAUAGAUAGUGAUGUCACGUCGUCCAUCAGUGAGGCAGCAGCUAAUAGGGUAAGAUCCAUGACAGGAUCUGAUAUCGUCAAGAUCCGAACCGUCCAUGGCAUCAAAUCGGGACGCAAUUACCUCAUUGACCUCGAACUAGCUGUGCCAGGAGCAUGGCCAGUUUCCCGAACAUACCAGAUUGAGGGGAUUGUUCGAGGAGCAAUCGGUACCGUCACCUCGAAUGUGAAGCAAGUCAAAGUGCGAUUUGUUCCGCUCCAAGAUAAUGAGCUGGGGUCCCAGGCUAGCUGA